GGGCUGGGCAGCUGCGGUGGCGGCGGCGGCGGCUGAGGAGGGCCCGGCCUGCGGGAGCCUCGGUGGGAGCCGGCCCCGCGCUCGGCCACCAUGUCGGCGCCGUCGGAGGAGGAGGAGUACGCGCGGCUGGUGAUGGAGGCACAGCCCGAGUGGCUGCGCGCCGAGGUGAAGCGGCUCUCGCACGAGCUGGCGGAGACCACGCGCGAGAAGAUCCAGGCGGCCGAGUACGGGCUGGCGGUGCUCGAGGAGAAGCACCAGCUCAAGCUGCAGUUCGAGGAGCUCGAGGUGGACUAUGAGGCUAUCCGCAGCGAAAUGGAGCAGCUCAAGGAGGCCUUCGGACAGGCGCACACAAACCACAAGAAGGUAGCAGCGGACGGCGAGAGCCGGGAGGAGACCCUGAUCCAGGAGUCGGCCUCCAAGGAGCAGUACUAUGUGCGGAAGGUGUUGGAGCUGCAGACGGAGCUGAAGCAGCUGCGCAAUGUCCUCACCAACACGCAGUCAGAGAACGAGCGCCUCGCCUCGGUGGCCCAGGAGCUGAAGGAGAUCAACCAGAACGUGGAGAUCCAGCGUGGCCGCCUGCGGGAUGACAUCAAGGAGUACAAAUUCCGGGAGGCCCGCCUGCUUCAGGACUACUCGGAGCUAGAGGAGGAGAACAUCAGCCUGCAGAAGCAAGUAUCUGUGCUCAGGCAGAACCAGGUGGAAUUUGAGGGCCUUAAGCAUGAGAUCAAGCGUCUGGAGGAGGAGACUGAGUACCUCAACAGCCAGCUGGAGGAUGCCAUCCGGCUCAAGGAGAUCUCGGAGCGGCAGCUGGAGGAGGCUCUAGAGACACUGAAGACAGAGCGGGAGCAGAAGAACAGCCUGCGGAAGGAGCUGUCCCACUACAUGAGCAUCAACGACUCCUUCUACACUAGCCACCUGCACGUGUCACUGGAUGGCCUCAAGUUCAGCGAUGACACUGCGGAGCCCAACAAUGAUGCUGAGGCCCUGGUCAAUGGCUUUGAGCAUGGCAGCCUGGCCAAGCUACCACUGGACAACAAGAGCUCCACACCCAAGAAGGAUGGCCUCACGCCGCCCCCUCCCAGCCUUGUCUCCGACCUACUCAGCGAGCUCAACAUCUCUGAGAUCCAGAAGUUGAAGCAGCAGCUGAUGCAGAUGGAGCGGGAGAAGGCUGGCCUGCUGGCGACGCUUCAGGACACACAGAAGCAGCUGGAACACGCACGGGCGUCCCUGUCAGAGCAGCACGAGAAGGUGAGCCGCCUCACAGAGAACGUAAGUGCCCUGCGGCGCCUGCAGGCUGGCAAGGAGCGGCAAACAGCCCUGGACGAUGAGAAGGACCGCGACAGCCAUGAGGAUGGUGACUACUAUGAGGUGGACAUCAAUGGGCCUGAGAUCCUAGCCUGCAAGUACCACGUGGCUGUGGCUGAAGCUGGUGAGCUGCGGGAGCAGCUCAAGGCGCUACGCAGCACUCACGAGGCCCGUGAGGCCCAGCACGCCGAGGAGAAGGGCCGCUAUGAGGCCGAGGGCCAGGCGCUCACCGAAAAGGUCUCCCUGCUGGAGAAGGCCAGCCGCCAGGACCGGGAGCUGCUGGCCCGGCUGGAGAAGGAGCUGAAGAAGGUGAGCGACGUGGCUGGUGAGACACAGGGCAGCCUGAGCGUGGCCCAGGAUGAGCUGGUGACCUUCAGUGAGGAGCUGGCCAACCUGUACCACCACGUGUGCAUGUGCAACAACGAGACGCCCAACCGCGUCAUGCUGGACUACUACCGUGAGGGCCAGGGAGGGGCUGGCCGCACUAGUCCUGGGGGCCGCACCAGUCCUGAAGGCCGUGGGCGCCGUUCGCCUGUCCUCUUGCCCAAGGGGCUGCUGGCCACAGAGACUGGCCGAGCAGAUGGCGGGACCGGGGACAGCAGCCCCUUGCCGAGCUCUUCAUUGCCAUCUCCCCUGAGUGAUCCGCGUCGGGAGCCCAUGAACAUCUACAACCUGAUCGCUAUCAUCCGUGACCAGAUCAAGCACCUGCAGGCGGCCGUCGACCGCACAACAGAGCUGUCUCGGCAGCGCAUCGCCUCGCAGGAGCUGGGCCCCGCCGUGGACAAGGACAAGGAGGCGCUCAUGGAGGAGAUCCUUAAGCUGAAAUCACUGCUCAGCACCAAGCGGGAACAGAUCACCACCUUGCGCACUGUGCUCAAGGCCAACAAGCAGACGGCUGAGGUGGCCCUCGCCAACCUAAAGAGCAAGUAUGAAAAUGAGAAGGCCAUGGUGACCGAGACCAUGAUGAAGCUGCGCAAUGAGCUCAAGGCCCUCAAGGAGGACGCAGCCACCUUUUCCUCGCUGCGUGCCAUGUUCGCCACCAGGUGUGACGAGUACAUCACGCAGCUGGACGAGAUGCAGCGGCAGCUGGCAGCCGCUGAGGACGAGAAGAAAACACUGAACUCGCUGCUGCGCAUGGCCAUCCAGCAGAAGCUAGCACUGACCCAGCGGCUGGAGCUGCUCGAGCUGGACCACGAGCAGACCCGGCGUGGCCGUGCCAAAGCCGCCCCGAAGGCCAAGCCGGCCACCCCGAGCGUAAGUCACACAUGCGCCUGCGCCAGUGACAGAGCCGAGGGCACUGUCAACCAGGUGUUCUGCAGCGAGAAGCACAGCAUUUACUGUGAUUAGGGGCUGCAGGGCGCUGCACGCUGCAGCUAACGCCCGCUUCACUCAACUAACCCAGCAACGGCGGGACGGCGGCACUAGGUUGGUCUUAACGUGACUAAUGCACAGAGGGCAGGAUUCUAGUCGAGGUGGCGUGGGGCGCGUGAGUCACCAGGACACUCCUGUGAGCUUUGUGUCGCUUCUCACUCCUUAAAGCCUCCUCAGCAGCACCCCAUCCUCAGCUACUCUCUUGUUGGGGGGGUGGUCUGAGGUAGGGAUGGAGCUGCACGUGCUUGUCGUGCUUGUAGAAGACAGACAUGUGAAAGUGUCUUCCAGAGGCCCUGGGCACCCUUGGGAAAACCCAAGGGAGGGAGUCCUGGUCCUGUUCCCUUGGCACCCAAAAGGAGUAGAACCUGAGUUGAAACUUGCAUGUUUCUUGAAUGUGUCUAAUGUCAGCACCAGAAAGCAGUUUUAGGAGGUUCCAGCCUGUAUCAAAGGUUUGGCCUCAGAGGACGGCUCUGCACUUGGCACAGUUUUAUGGAAAGAAUUACAUCGUAGUUUGUGUACCAUCUCACUGCAAAUCACAUUCAGGACAAAGGUGUAGAAUUUAUUCUACCGAACCCAGAGAGGAGCAGCCUGAGCCCCUGUAUUCUGCUGGCCAGACUCACUGGCACAGACACAGCUGGCCGCAACCUGGGAGACCAGAGCUGAGCUUCUCAUUUCUGAGAUCUGCAUGCUUGUCUGGAGGCCUUUGAGGUAACAAAUUGCCAGGGCUCAAGGCCUAGGUCUUCCUUUUUAAUGAGAAAAGCUUUCCAAGUGCCUGGUCAGACCUUGAUCCUCAGCGCACAGCCCGUCCUUUUGUACUUGGGGUGAUCCCGGUAACCCAUUAUCAGGCCUUUGUCCAGGGGGCUUCAGACCUGAAGAAGCAGGGCUUUGGAAGCCCCAGCCUGGAGUCUGAGCCCCAGCAGGCUCAGCUGAAUUGAGGGACACCCAGAGUCGUAACCAGAGCCCAGCCUGGUGCUGGGAAAGCUUUGCAUGCACCCAGGGCCAGUUCCCAGGAUUCACAGGUAGGAGGUGUUUGGUUCUCUUUAUUUAGUGCAAUUUUGGGGGAUAGCGACCGAGAAAGGGGAAAGGCAGCUGCAGGGCUCUCCCGUUGACAGAGGCUCCAUCCACACCAGAGCUUUGGCAUCAGGCCAUCUGCGUUCCCACGUUCUGAAGCAGAACUUUUCUCAGUAUUCCUCUCCAGUCACCCCAUGGGGCAUCCGGACCUGAAACUGCAGUCUCUUCUUGUACCGGCUGCUUGCCUUGUCUCGUACGGAAAGGGGAUUCCCGUUAUCUGGCAUUCCCGUUAUCUGGCAGGAGACCAUGUUGCCCUCUGCCACAGCUGUCUGCCCCCGCCUACUCUUCCCCCUGGUGCUCAGUGUGUCUUAGUCCCCCCCAGACUCCAGGACGGGCCCACGUGUCUCCCCUGUGCGUCUGUCCUGAGCUUGGAUUCCCUGGCCCCGCAGGACCUGUGGUGGGUUGGCCGCCUGCAUGCCUGCCCUGCACGCCGCUUCACCCUCUCCUCGAGAGCCUGGCACGCAGCUUCUCUCCAUACUCCUAAGGGGCUUUGUGGGCGCUAAGAGCCACCAGCCCCCUAACACACACAGGUCUUCUCUUCUGCCAACUAACGUGCUCAUGCCCUCCCAGCACGUGGAGAGCUUUAGUUGUCAGACGAAAGGGAGGGAAGGGUGACCUGUUUCUAACGCUGUCUUGUUUUCUCCCGUUUUCAGCUGUAGAGUAGCUGCCGGGAGGACUCGGCCCCCUGGCCCUGUCACACCGCAGCUCCCUCACCUUCCCUCCCGUGCCCACGUGGAGGAAGGAAGGGCAACCUAAAAGUCCACUUAGAAACGUUUUUGGAUAUGCCACUGCAAUUCUUUUCAAAAUAGCAUUCCCCAAGUUUUUAAUGGGAGGAAAAAAGCUUUAAUGUAGAGCAUGCCGCGAGCUGCUGCAUGGAAAGGCCUCCGUAUGGGCCGAAGACCCUGCUUCCCGCUGCCAGGCUCUCCAGGGGCCCACUGGAUACGCCCACCACAGGGGCUCCUUGUUACACGUGUUCCUUUUUUAUCCGAUCGACCUGUGCACUUUUGAUAUUUUGAUAUUAUAUUUGCUUCUUUAAUUCCUCGCAUAGAGACCGUCUCAGAUGCCGUGGUCUGUGCUCAUGGUCCUGUAGCUGUCCGCCUCAGCUCCCGUGUUGGUCUGGCGUCAGCACGAGGCAGAGCUGUGUGCCCGUAGGGUGUAGCUCUAGACUGUGGAGAUGAGGGCUUCGACCCGGCGAGGAGCUCGGCUGAGUGUAUCCGCGCUGUGGUCCAGCAGCCUUUUAGAUUAUACGGCAUUAUGGUUCAUGUUUGAAAUUACAGAUUUUAAAUGCCAUGUUCAUUAAGAAAUCCAGGGUAUUCCAAUUCUGGGGUUUUUCAUAUUGUAUUAUUAUUAUUCUUAGGAAUAGUUCAAUGUAACAAGAAGAAAACUUGACCUUUGCUCUGGUUAAAACAGUAAUAGGCACUUGAAAAAAAAAGAUAAAUUAUUGAAUGAGUAGUAUUACCUACAAAUUCCAGAAUUUUCUGGGUUUUAGGACAUUGUGAAGCAUGACUGAUUAACAGAAUUUUAUACAACUGUACCAGUAAAAUUCCAAAUUGGAAUUGUUUUGUUACUCUGGUUGUUGUGCCAAAUUGUGGUACACUUAGAAAAUUCUACAGUUGUCGAUUUUUAGGGUAUUCUCUUUCAACGCCUUUUUGUUAGUAAUCAUUGCCAGUAGUGCCUUCAUCAGUUAAGGGAGGUGUCCCAGCGUAGAUCAUUCUCCAAAGCAGGCAGGGAAGAGUUGUUGGGCGUGCUGAAGGCCAGUGUGGACCAGCAGGUGGGGGCGGGGGCAUGCCUCACACCUGGACCUGGGCAUCUUCAUUGUGGGAAAGAAAACAGUCAUUGUGCAAAAUUCUGUUAGUCAGUGAUUCUUUACUAGCAAAUUCAGGGGCUUAGAAAACAAAAGCAAACACAAAACCGUGAGUGUGCUCUGGGAACCAAAUGGACUUUCUGGGACAAGCUGAGCAAGCUGUGUGAACGCCACGUUUGUGAAGAGCUGAAGGUGUCAGGAGGGCCGGCCUCUGUCGGCAUGCGCAGUGGGGGAUGAGGGUUAGCCAUAGUAUUCUUUGCAAAUGUGAAAGCGAGACAUUAUAUCCUCUCUUGCUUGGUGUAACUAAUCACUGUUAAUUUCAGGAAACAGAAUUCAUUAAAGCUCCUUAGCAAACCAGGUCUACAUCCUGUUCUGUUUGCUGAGUGAGGUUUGUGUGAGUGGUCAAAUUGGUACUCUUGGAGGAAGAAAAACUGUCCUCCCUCCUUCCAAAAAAGGACAAAUUAUAAUAAUAUACAUGACAAGAAUAAAAGAAUUCUGUUUCCUGGAAUAAGCAUUUCUUAUUCCUAGUUGUAGGGACUCCUAUUUUUACCUUCUGUUACAGUGUUGAUUCAUAAGAAAUAUUGUUACAUUUGAGAUAACUGCAUCUGUAUGGGGUAUUUAUUUGCAAUGACGUCUGAGUACUGUAUUUUUUCUGUGCAUUACCUUAGUGUCUGAAUGUUGGUCUUUAUUUUAAAGUCAUAUGCAUGUUUUCCUGCCAAGGAACCUUUACACAGACCCAAACAAACAAAUAAUAAUAAGCAAAUGCCUUCAAUUUUUGAGAAAAUGAGGCAGAGCAUGGAAAAGGAGUAGGAAGGAAAAAUUAAUCAAGACUCUUCGGGCACAGACAUGAUGUGAAUGUCUACAAAGCCAGUGUGCAUAGGAACAGUGGGCCUGGGUAAAGGGUCACAUUGGUAGGACCAAUAAAUAAAGAAUAAUAAAAAGACGAAGCACA